CGCCAAGUUACCUACCCACUACUAAAACCUACCCCCCUGUCCAUUUGAUUCUUUUUUCGUUGUCAUAUCUCUACUUCCUGCCAAAGCAUCCCUUGAAGCUUGAUCAUAAGUUUGACUUGUGGAUACACACUCCUUGAUUGAAACCUUUCUACCCCAAUCGGUUACAGCGCUAGGAGCCCAGAUCAAGCGACUCCACGUGGCCUAGAACUACACGUCACUUCAGCCUUUCUUCGAUAUCGUCAUGGCACUUUCCCCGAUAGCCAAGGCAACUUUACAAGCCGCAGUAAUCAAUGCUGGUUCCAACGCCCUAGCGCAGGCGAUCGGCGCCUACAAAGAUGAAAGACCCUUUGAGCUUGACAGCCAGGCACUACUUCAGUUCACAACGUCCGCUUUCAUUCUCUCGCCCCUAACCUUCCUCUGGCUCGAAGGACUCGAGGCCAGGUUCCCUGGCCAGAAAGUGGUUCCGGCACCAAAGGCCAAAACGGAGGGUGCUGCAGGGGCGCAGACCAAAUUGAACGUGACCAACACCGUGUUGAAGAUUGUCAUUGACCAGGUGGUGGGCGGUGCCUGGAACACUGUCGCCUUCAUCACGACGAUGGGGCUCCUGCGUGGUCAGGACUGGGAGACGAUUACGCAGCAGAUUCAGAAUGAUUUCUGGCCGAUCCUGGUCGCGGGUUUCAAGCUUUGGCCUUUUGUGUCAGUCUUGAACUUCACGGUGGUACCAGUGGAUAAGCGACUGCUUGUUGGGAGUCUGUUUGGUGUUAUCUGGGCGGUUUAUCUUAGUCUUAUGUCUGGUUAGAUAUGUUGUCAUUUUGAAUGCAUUGCUUGGAGCAUGCAUCUUGGACAGGGAGCACAUACAACACGUAUCGAACAAUGUCCAGGAAAGCAUGCUAUGUGUUAG